AUGGGCCGUCGAGGACGAGAGAAAUUUAACGCUGGUUCGGCUGGUCGGAGAAGAACUGUUCUUCAAAUCGAGCCUGUAUCACGCAAGAAAGACAACGAAGGUAGUAGAGAAUUAUUUUAUUGAGUAUUCUAGAAAAUAGAAAUCCAUUCGAAGAUGAAGUAGUUCAAAGUUCGAACGCCAAGGCGCCAAAAAUACAAACAAUACGAUUUGAUCUAAAUUCACCAUUUCAAAAGUGAAUAAACUUAAUUUAUAAACAUGUCAUAGAGAACACUAAGACUAGACCAGAGCAGUUUGAGAACGGCCCCAAAAAAUUCACAAUUAACCAAUACACUAUGCUGGAGCAAAGAGUUUGAAUUUUGAAAACUUCACCUUUGAGCAUGGUUUCGUAAACCGAGCGAUAUGUAAACGGAGUGUUUGGUCACAGAAUACUACACAGAAGUCCAUCUCCAUUGUUUUUAGCGUAAGCUCUAUUCCUCAUGAUUCGUCACUCAGUAAGUACUGCAAACAGAAGCAGUCACCCCCCUGGAAAUACUAAAAAUGGCACACGUCCAGGGGGGUGACUGCUUCUGUUUACGGUACUUGCUGAGUGACGAAUCAUGACGAAUAACGCUUACGCAAAAAACAAUGGAGAUCGACUUCUGUGUAGUAUUCUGUGGUUUGGUGCAGGGUGUUAGCCAGGCGGCCGUCCGACCGUCCUAUGGACGGCCAUUUCUGAAUUUGGACGGCUAAAUUUUAAUGGACGGCCAUGGACAGCCUAAGGGAAUUUUUUCUUUAAAUAGCAAUUUACAAGCUUUGUAAUAUCUCUUGAAUACUUCGAAUUGUUAUCAUCUGCUGUUUACUUUACUUAUGGUAUAUGUUUUCAUACUUUUCCCCCUCGAAAACACAUUGAAUAUGCCUGAAUUGAAGUCCGACAAACGUGCCAUGUUUUUGUAACCAUGUUGAUGAUUCUCGCAUGAAGUAUCAAGGAGAAUAAUUCGAAACCGCCGUUUUAAAAAACAGCAAUCGCUUUAUCGCUCAAGCACCACACUGCUUUAUAGAGGGCCCCCUAUACUUUUUGCAUGAAGCGUGAAGGGCUUAUUUUACUUAGCCGUGAAACGUGAUCGGGCCCCCUAUACUUUUUGCGUGAAGCGUGAAGGGCUUAUUUUACUUAGCCGUGAAACGUGAUUGAUGAUUUUCUUAAUCCGUGACUCGUGAAAAGGCAAAAUAUUUUUACGUGAAAGCAUAUUGUGAAGAGGUAUAGGGGGCCCUCUUUAUAGUUACAGUUACGGUAAAGAUGGCUAUAAAAUGAGCCAAACGCAUCAACAAAAGGGAAAAAAUAUCGGUGAUUGAUAAAAAAAUAACUAAACACUACACUGCUGUACACAUAUUGUGUUCUUCAUUAUAGCAUAUACUGUAGCCAGUACAUUGUAGUGAUCAUACGGUUCAUACCAUACGUGUGCUUUUAGCCUUUUACUAAUUUAAUAACUUAAAUGUGCAUCUAAAACUAAAAGUAAAAAGGUUCAACGAAUAGAACACCACAAUUCCACAACAACAAAAAAUUGUGGCCAUGCCCAAAAACAUGUGACCACGCCCACAAAAUUAUUUUGGACGGCCACUUUUGAAAUCCUGGCUAACACCACGGUUUGGUGGCAGUAUGUGAACAGUGGCACUGUCUUUAUUUUGCUCUUUUUUAGUAGGUGUGUAUCGUUUGAUAUCCUUCUCUCUGAAAACAACAGAGUUCCGGUUCCAGCCAUGCUUUUUUAUUAGUUCCAGCUGGAACCGGAACUCUGAACAAUCGGGGUUACGGCCAGAACUAACCAGCCGGAACUGAGUUCCGGUGCACCCCUAGUGUGAACAGACCUAAAAUGUGGUAUCUGAUCAUUUCGCUCUGAUGGCAUAGUUUGGAACACAGUGUACACAAGUAAUAAAUUUAUUUGUCCAGUUUCAGCUGGUUUUUAGAUCAUAAUAAGGUUAUAAGGGUAUGCCUAUAUAGUAAUAUAUAGGGUAUGUUAUAAGGUAAUGGCCUCAAUAUCCUAGUCUUCAACUUAGUCUUCUUCUGACCUACACAGUGGGAUGUCAUUGUGUAAGGUCUGUAAGGGGAAACAACAAAACGCGGACCCCAGGUCUGUGGACUACCUUCGUGGACCUGGUCCAUGGACUACCUUCGUGGACCACGGACCACUCCCGUGGACCACGGACCACUCCCGUGGACCACUCUUGUGGACCACUCUCGUGGACCACUCUCGUGGACCACUCUCGUGGACCACUCUCGUGGACCACUCCCGUGGACCACUCUCGUGGACCACUCUCGUGGACCACUCUCGUGGACCACUCUCGUGGACCACUCCUGUGGACCACUCCCGUGGACCACUCUCGUGGACCACUCUCGUGGACCACUCUCGUGGACCACUCUCGUGGACCACUCUCGUGGACCACUUGUGAGACACCAGAUUUUAGGGUUUGAAUUCUUGACUGUGCAUGGAAAAAUGUGCUCGAUUCGAGUUCAAUCAUUAUUGUCAUUGUGGAAACAUUACACAAAAUGUGAAGUUCUUAAUCCAUUCACUAUAUGACCAUUCUAAAAUAUAAGUGUACAAUUACGACUUUAAGUUCCUAUAUAUGCCCUUAAAAAGCAGUAAUCGGCUUCAAAAAUUCAUAUUUUUGGGAGAGGACCUUCAGGCAUUGAAAGGUCAUUGCAACUUACGACUUCUACAGUUCAAGUGAUUUUUUAUUAACAGUAAAAUUCGAAUAAUUAGGUAAAAUCUUUUAACCACCCCUCCCGCCACCCCUCCCCUCCAAAUUCUCCACAGUAUUCCUAUAUUUUUUAAUGAACCCUGACUACAUUUUUUCAGCAUUUUUACAGACUUAGUAUUCACUGUUCAUCAACAAAAACUGAAUUGAUUGUGAAAUAAAUAAUGGAAAUGAAUAAUGAAAUUGUUCCCGCCAAUCUCCGCUUCCUAAACUCGGGUUAAUUGUGCUUGGUCUAUUGUUCAGUAGGCAAAAUUUUGCAAGUGGUCCACGAGAGUGGUCUGUGGUCCAUGAGUGUAGUCCAUGGACCGGGUCCACGAAGGUAGUCCAUGGACCUGGGGUCCGCGUUUUGUCGUUUCCCGUCUGUAAGUGCAUAGCUGUUUAGUGGUGGACCAGCGCCAGUAGACAACCUCACAUAGUCACAUCUAGAAUGAAAUUUCCCAGUCUUAGGAAUUUGUUAAAAAAUCACACUCUACUGAUUUCGGUAAUAUUUAUAAUAAAGCUUUUUGUGAUUGAUUCGCACUGUCAUACUAAGUUUUGGAAGUCCUCCCCCAAGAAUAUGUUUACAUUUUUGAAGCUCUAGGACUUGCCAAAUUAACAAUUGUAUAAGCCAGCUAAAUAGCCUCACCUGAACUACGUGUAUCAAGCACAGUAUAGCAUUUUUUAGAGUAAGUGAUGGCCAUAAAUUUUAAGCUUGUACAAGAAAGAGGAUUAUGUGCAUUGUACUGUGAUUGGAGUUUGCCAUAUCAGGGGUAUCCUGGCCAGGGACGAGACAACAAGCAUUUGUUGUGGGCCCGGCCUGUCAUCAUGGGCCACUUAAAUGAAUAAAAAAAUUAUAAAACUAAAAUACAUGACACUCUAGAAAAUUUGUGUACUGUAUUUGCUAAGUCAUGAUUAUAAGGGAAUUAUAGAGCUUCGGAAAGGAAAAUAUACUAGAGAACAAUGCAUGCAGUAGUGUUGUGAGAUGAAAUGGUUUUUGGUUCCCUAUAAGUUGUACAGUAUAUGAUUGAUUCUUAUGCGUUCAUCAUAAAUUGCUUUAUUUAUCAAGUAAUGAAUGUCAUGCAUGGCCCAAAAUAACAGGAGAUAGGUCUCCAGUCAAAAUGACCGGUCAACUUGAUUUUAGCUCGGUCAAAAUCUGUUUUUGACCGAGCUAAAGGUCAGUUGUCACAGUACUAUAAACCAAAACCGUAACAACAACAUAAAACGCUCACUGAGUUUCCAGCGAUAUACAUACCCUUUUCUAGAUAUAUACCUAAUAAUAAUAAGCGAACGAACGAAUGUAUUCCUUCCACUCCUGAGCUCAUUUACCAUUGUCACAUAUAGUAAAUGUCCAGGCCUUGUGACCCUGGAUGGGCACUUAAAAGGAAAGAAUACACACACACAAAGGUUUAUUUAUUCAACGAUUACAAGAGAACGAUUGAACAACUGCGCAUAUAUAUAUAUAUAUAUGUAUAUCGCUGGAAACUCAGUGAGCGUUUUAUGUUGUUAUUUUAUUUCCUGAGUACGGGUCUUCGUCCAAUUUCAUAUUGUCAAAACCGUAACAACUACCAAAAGUCCAAAACCAUAUGCAUACAGUAUAUAUGCAUAAUGGUUCACAAAAUUACACAAUUUCAAUGACAACUUACUCAGUAACAAUAUGAAAUAUUUCUCUUAACACAAGAGAUGACAAAUUUGUUAUUGUGUGGAUCGGGACAAAGUCAGAUUCUGUGAUUCUCUAGCAGACGGAAUCUUUGUUUGCAUGUGUUAAAGAUUACAGAUGUUGUUAAAGAGAUUUGCAACAAUAAAGGAAGAAAUAUUCAAAUUAAUGAGACAAAACGAUCGGCCAUAAUGUCCGUGUAAAGUAAUCAGUAGACAGCCAUAUCAGCAUUUUGCUCGGCUAAUGGCCGGUGGCCAACCGUUAUAUUGAGCCCUGGUGCCUCAGGGUUGGGAUUACUGGACAUGGGGUUACAACACAAAUAAAGGAAUGUGUUUCUGAAGUGUACUGUACUACACACAGACUUUCUCUUGUUUACAGGUAGCCAUUUGGUGUCAAGAAAAAGAGAGAUUAACCCAACAAGCAUUUCAGGUAGAGUACAUACUAACACUCUGUAGCUAUGGUUACAGCACUACACUGGAAUCACAGCUUCGAUUUCUACCAUGCACGUGGCCUUUAGUUGCAUUUUUCACUGCUCCUGGUUAUAUCUAACUGUAUAGAAAUUUAUGUUCGAGAAUUCCACAUACAAGAAAUCCAUCCACAACAUGCUUCUUUGCUUAUGGCGGCUUCCUUCUUACAGUAUAGUACAUGAGCAGUACAGAAGGUUUUGUAAGCACAUUAGUCCACAUUUUUUAUAAUUCUGUGAAAUUACUGUAUACAUGUAAGUCAUUUCUCUAUUUCUGAAUCAAUAUUUUACACAAAUACAGCGAGUAUUUAAAUAUAACUACCAAUUUUUAAAAAAAUAUAAACCGAUAACCCAAAUUAUAAUUAUAACAGUUUUUCUGGGAUAUUGAUUUGUAGCUAGUUAUAUACAAUCAAACAUUUACAUUUAAAUCAAAUGAUUAAUCCAUUUCACUGUAAUCACUAUUUUGGAACAAUGUUUAUAUCAUGCAUAUAAUAUUAUGUUAAUAUAUACCAUAAUCUUCUGUAGGGAUUGGAUUGCUGGGACAGUAUGCUGAAGAUAGUGAUGAUGAAGGUAAUCUAAUAUAAUCUAAAUUUUUUGAACAAUUCUUUGUUGAUGACUGAAUGUGUCUGAUGUACUUGCAUAUAUAUUGUCAUUAUUGUGUUACUAAAUUGGACAAAAUGUCCAUAAAGAGCGAUAAGGGAAAUUGAAAAGGGUGGGGAAAAGCGGCACAUAAUUAAUAGAAACCCAGACAUUAAGUAUAAAACUGUAGAUAUGCUAAAUACAAGCAUUGCAAUUAACAUUUCUAAAGCUUUACAUCAAGUAUUAUGCUUACUCAUUUACAGUUACAUACCCAGUUACAUAUUUAGCCUAACCAGUUACAUAUUUGGCCUUUAUAGUUUAUACCCAGUUACGUAUUUAGCCUAUGACAAUUGUGAUAUUACUUUCUUAAUUGUUUUCAUCUUAACAACCCUGUCAUUUCCCUGUGGGAGGAAACCAGAGCAUGUGGAGAAAACCCAUGACUUUCGGCAGAGCGUUGACCGACUCUUUUCACAUGAGUCCAUAGCAAGAAGCGAACCCACAAUCUCAUAGAUGUAAGGCCCCGUUAAUAGCUUAUGCUAUAUUUGUUAGACUUCACUAAGUACAAACAUGAUACAAACAACUACAAACACCAGAAAAUGUAAAUCAAUAUUAACAACAUGGGUGACCAUGGGGGUAGGUUACCAUAUCCAGCAGAUGGGCUAUGUACUAUUGUUCCCAGUAAACUGCAAAACGACCAUUUUUUAGGCGGUUUGUCAGUGACAGUUUUGUCAAUUACGAAGGACAUAUUUGUGUACCUCGUGCUCACAAUUCGUUGCAAGCGGCGUGUGGAAAACUGCAAGUUUCAGUUUGACAGUUAAAUGAGUUUCUAAUUUUAUUGUCCAAUCAGAUGCGUAGUUUUGAAUUUUAAAUCAAAACUACGCACCUGAUUGGACAAUAAAAUUAGAAACCAUUUAACUGUCAGAAAUGUCAAACUAAAACUUGCAGUUUUUCACACGCCGCUUGCAACGAAUUGUGAGCACGAGGUACACAAAUAUGUCACUGACAAACCGCCUAAGAAACCGGUCGUUUCGCAGUUUACUGGGAACAAUAGUAAGUAUGUUUUUGUUUACAUAGGCCAUGGAAAUGCAUCAGAUAGAUACAUAGGCCAUGGAAAUGCAUCAGAUAGCGGGUCAUGCUUUAUUCACCUUUUUUAAACAAUAUUAACACACAAAUAAAAGGCGGCCCAAUUCAGCAUUGAAAUGCAGCAAGCAAAUGUCCAAGACAUAAAAUUAUACAACUUGCUGCUAAAACUCGUUCAGGCAUAAUUUUCAAAUACAGCUUGCUUAGCGUCCAUGCAUAGGUAGGGUUACCUUACCUAACAUAGCCUUGAGUGGUAGGGUUAUCCUACCUCCAUAUAAACAGGCCCUAACCGAGAUUCGAGAUUUGCUCUGCGUUACCCUGGUAUUUCCCAUAUAAACAUAAUCACCUACUUUGAGGUACACUCGCGGGAUAGCAUAUGCCAUAGAGCGCAGCCGUUUGGACAAACAAACAGAAAAUUAGUAUGUAUUGCACAUUGGCAAUGGACCUAUUCUAGACAAAAAUUUCAUCACGGCUUGAAAGAGUAUCACAAAAUUAGUAAUAUUCCGAAGUUUCGUUGCGAAAUAUUGUAAAAUGCGGAUAAUAUAGCACUGCGAAGUUUGCCGUUUUACAGUCAUUUUGUAUUACGCGCGGGAAAUUGAUACCUUUUUUCAGAAAGCGCAAUCUCGUUCCCCGAGCCUGCGAUCCUCGGGAAGGAACGCGAGGCUCUGGGAUAAUCCGUUUCAGGGAGGAAUCUGAUUGGCCGUUGAAACUUCGGAAUAUUACUAAUUUUGUAAUGCUCUUUCAAGCUGAUGUGAAAGAUUUGUCUAGACUUGUCUAGAUCAAAAUUUUGUUCAUUAGAGAAUAGGUCCAUUGGCAUUGCUGCCGCGUGUUGCAAAAAUUUAAGGCAAAUUUGACACAUUUUCGUAAACAAAUUGUGGCGAAGAAUUUGAAUUUAUGACAAUGAUCUUUUUCCCGCUUGUAAAUGGAGAAUAUCCCUUGUAAAUACGCUUUAUUUAUAAUACAGAAUUUAAUAUGACUUGUAUGAACUGAUACAGUAUUGGGCUAUUUAAAUCUGUUCCAAACACAUUUUGUAAUUUGCAGUUUGCACCCGAUGAAAGUGGAGAGUAUUACUAAGUAGUUAUUUGUUGAAGUGAACAACUUCUUACUUUUAAAGUUUGUUCGUUCACUGCAACCAGGUAUAUCAAUCAUGUUUCGCUCGCUACUCUGGUUUAAUUAAAUUAUUACAAAGCCCAGUCGAAUUGUAAUCAAGACCCAACAUUUCGACACUCCAGUCUAGUGUCUUCAUCAGGGGUGAUCUAAAAUUGCAAUCGUGGCAUCUUUUAAGAUUUAAAAAUACUCAAGGGAUGACGUCACCUGCCAAUGAGAUGCAUAUAUUCCUCUGGCAAAUAGGCACCGUCAUCCCUAUUCAAAGCAUGAUUACUCGUAUUUAUAUGCCACGCUUCUAGGCAAAGUCUUUUACCAUAGCGAUUGUUUGUGGUAAUUACUUUAGAGCUUUCCCACGCAAUCUCGUGUUUGGUGUAACAUACAUGUUCGGCUAAAGCUGAUUUUCCCUUGUCUAAAGUUGAAACAGCCUUUUGUUGUUCUUUUAGCCGUGUACCAAACUGGCGUUUAGACUGACCCAAAUACUCUUUCUCGCAGUCACCGCAUGGUAUAGAAUAUACAGCAUGAGUUUUCUGAUUUGUUUUAACAGGAUCUUUUGGCUUUGCGAAAAUAUGGCCUAAAGUCAAAUAGGGUUUUAAGGCAACCUUAAUAUUACAAUUACCUAAGAUUCUCUUGAUUGGUUCUGUGACACCUUGAAUGUAUGGAACUAUUGCAUAACCCUUACUUACCGUCAAUAAAUCAAGCAACUUUCAAAAAGCAACUAAAUUCAGGCCUUAAAAUAUCGGUCGGUCACGGACAUUGUCCGACCCAUUCGUGAAAUUGUCCGACGUAGAGAGGUAACCACCGGACAUUCUGUCCGACCUAAGUUAAACUGAGAUUAAUUGUUUGUCCGACCCGAGUGAAUUGGUGUCCGACCGAACUGUAGCUUUGUCCGACGCUUUCUCCACGCACGUAAAUCAAAAUGUACCGUACUUGUUAUAAUGGAGAAUUGAAGUAUUGUACAAAACUGAACCGGAAAUGUUUUUAAUAAUGUCACCAAGCGCGGGGCGGCGAGCGAAAUGGUGAAGUGGAAAACGGGCUUAAGUUGUCGAAUUGGUCGUACUGCUAUUAUUGGCAAGCAAGUUAAUCUUGGCUUGGAAGUAAGUAUAAAUGACACAAAUUAUUUAAUAUCUUCACAACAGUUCACUUCACUACAUUGUGCUGAUAUUAAUUUGUGUCAUUCAGACUUAUUUUCGAGCCAAACUGAAGUGAAGGUCAUCGGACAUCAUACAUCAUCAUACAUAUGUCCGAGCCAAACUCAAAGUCAUCGGACAUUUUGUCAGACGGCCCUGUAAAAGAUAUUUUAAGGCCUGAACUAAAUACAAACAAAUACAUGCAAGCAUUAUUAAAGUGCACGUAACUUCAAUUAUUUUUCUCAUCCCAUUCUUAAGAACUUCUGAAAUGAUAUAAUAACUUAUUUUGAAGAUUUUCAAAUAAUGAUUUAAAGUAAAAGCUUGUAUAUGUCGUAUUCACUAUCGAGUUUAAUUCAUUAAAAUGAAGUUUGGAGUAGUGGGAGGAUUACACAUACCUAUAUGAAUAUGUAAAACACCAUUAAGCCUUUUUAUUUCAUGAUAUUUAACUGUACCUUACAUUUUUUGAUCAGUCAUUAUUCAUAUGUGACGUAAAUUCCGGACAUUUGCAUAUCAAUAAAACUGAAAUAACUCAGAGACAAAGUGUGCAAACGAAAAUCUUCAAAAUAAGUUAGAAUAUCAUUUCAAAGGUUCUUAGGAAUGAGAUGGUAGAAGAAUUGAGGUUAGGUGCACUUUAAGUUAAUGAUAAUAUAGCUAUAUAUAGACAUGACUAUUUUUUUUAGAACAAAAGGGUUCCUCCAGUGAUGAAGAAAAUGUAAAAAAUGAGGAAAAGACAAAACCCAGCGACGAAGUUCAAAUUGACUCUAAACUUAGUGACUUCUUUAAAGUAUGUACAUCAAAGUGUUUGAAUGCUUACAGUUAUUUAUUAUUUAUUUAUUUAUUUAUACGAUUCGCCAGACAAUACGAACAUACAUGUAUAACAUAAUGACAAAUAAAUACGCGAUGACAGGGGCUGCCCACAUAGAUAAACUCUAAAAUAACGGGGUCCCAACAAGAAAUUAAAAUGAAAGUGUUCUAACAACAACAUUCCACAGUACCAUCAACAGGAUCUCACAGAUAGGCUGUGGAGAGAACGAGUUGUGUGGCAUUUGACGCCAUGGCCGGAUUUUGUGGGGAGAUGCGCACCUCCCCUGAGAUGGUUUUGCACCUUCCCUGAGAAUUUUGCACCUCCCCUGAAAAGUCAUGCACCUCCCCUUAGGAAAGUUUCAUUUUUCUGUAAAAUUGAAACAGUGAUAGCCAUUUAUCUCUGUGUCAAGUACCCUUUUAAUGCAAUGUUUUGAAAGAAACUGUGUAGUAAUUGUAAUGAAGGGCAAAACUGGAUGAGUUGUACAGUCAUAAUUCAUUAAUACGCUGAUACAUAUCUACACUACAUGCAUACGUCACGUCGUUGACGUUGGCCAGUUCUAAGCUUCUAAGCUCUAGCUUUCCAUGGCGGUCUAGAGCUAUAUUCAUAGUAUGGAAAUUGCGAUUAGUUUGAAAAUUGGAUUUCCAUACUAUUUCCGUAGUAAAGAUUUUGAAAAAAAUUCCAGUGUAUGUUUAUUUGAUUUUUUUAAUAUUCAGGAGAUCGAAGCAAUAGGUACCGAAGAUUCUAAAUCAACAGAAUGUAUUGAAACAACGAGUGACACCACAACUGUCGAUGCACCAACCCUGGACGAACAAGCGGAUGCGAGUGUAGUUGAUCAAAAUGUGCAAGGUUAGUUUUUUCAAACGUCAAAACCAGGGGUGGAAAAAGUAGGCGAGGAGCAACAGCUGCAGGAAAUUCCUUUGAAAGAAGAUUUGCUAUUGAAAAUUUGAAGGAAACCUUGACACCCAUGUCCCACUAUGAGCACAGAAUAGGAAGGUAUAGCAGAAGUGUAACUCAAGCAAGUAUUUGUCCGCGUUUUUACAAGCAAUUCGUCAUCAAUCACGCCAUCCUGGCUAGUACAUCCGGCACUUUGUACCUACCAAAACCUGAUAAAAACUUCCGGUUGUACUAGCCAAGAUGGCGUGAGCGAGUUAAAAUUUUCGUGGACGUAAAACAAUAAAGGAACCGACUCAAGUUACACUUCUGCUAUACCUUCCUAUUCUGUGCUAUGGCCGCAACAACAUAUGGUUGACAGACAUUCCUUGAAUUUAAAACCAUGAUCAGCUAGAACACUAUAUGUUUAGAGAAUUAUUUUUUGCUGCCCUGUUCAAAACCAUCCUAUAGUAACUUUUUAUCAUUGGUCAAACGAAAUUUUACUGUUCAGCAUUUUUUUUGGCUACUUUUUUAAUAGAAAAGAAAUUUGACUUCACGUGAUACGCUGCAUGUUUAGGAUGAUAAAGACUUUCUUGUAACGUCAAAUUUAAAAGAAUAACUUUAAAUCUCCAGGCUACGUUCUGCCAGAACCAUGGCAGGAAGUGUGUGAUCCAAGCACAAGCUACGUCUAUUACUGGAAUACGCUGACUAAUGAGGUCUCGUGGGAAUUACCUCAGGUUUUUGGGCCUAUCCAAGCGCCAACUCCUGCGAUAGAUCAAGUGGAGCAAAAUACUUUACAGAAAGAAGUACAUAAAGAGAGUCAAAACAUGAUAGAAGACCAAUCAUCUGUAAGCGAUGAAGAGACUUCCACCGAAUCUAAAAAUGAUGACAUACAAGCGGCUGAUGGUGAAUGUACAGUAACAGCGAGCUGUGUAGCCGAUGAAGAAUCACCAAUCCAGGGGCCAGCCAUAUUGCCUCCUGCAAGUGAACUAGGUACAUCAGAGCAAGCGGCAAAAGAUUCCACCAGUUCAUUAACUGAUAAUCUAGGUAGUGAAUAUUUGGAUGAGAAGAAACAGGAAUUGGGUCAGACAUCAUUGAGUGAGGGAUCUCCAAAACCUGAAUCGUUAAACAUGUCUCGUAAACGUGAACGUUCCGCAGCGAUUGAUAUGUUUGAAUCAGAGGCUCGACAAGACGAUUCGAAUGAAAGUGAAG